CUCUCUUUCAUCCCUCUCUGACCCUUUCAUCGGGGUCUGUAUACUUUUCUUCCGUUGCAGGAGAAAGGGUAAACGUCUAGGUUUUGUGUUUUGUAUCUGUACGUCCCGAACCCUAAAUUUUGGAUCCUCCACGCCGCCCCCCCGAUCCAUUUAUCUUUUCGAAUUCGAUCGGAUUUUCUCGGCUUCCUCAGGACGAUGGUGUCGGACGCGAGCAAGAAGAAGGCGGCCGCCAAGAAAGCCGCGGCGGCAGCGAAGAGGGGAGGGAAGUGCGCCGCCGCGUCGUCCAAGGCGGCGGCAGCGUCUAAGGUGCCGAACGGGUCUGCGGUGGACAAGGUCGCCGAUGGAGUCGGAUCGCUCCAGAUCUCGGAUCGGACGUGCACUGGCGUCCUCGCCUCGCAUCCCCAGUCCAGGGAUAUUCAUAUCGAGUCCUUAUCAUUAACCUUUCAUGGGCAUGACCUCAUAGUGGAUUCUGAGUUAGAGCUCAACUAUGGCAGGCGCUAUGGUUUGUUAGGACUAAAUGGCUGUGGGAAGUCAACUCUCCUGUCAGCAAUAGGAUGCAGAGAGCUCCCUAUUCCGGACCACAUGGAUAUAUAUCACCUUACGAGGGAGAUUGAAGCUUCAGACAUGUCUUCUUUGGAGGCUGUGAUCAGCUGUGAUGAAGAAAGAUUGAAGUUGGAGAAAGAAGUUGAAAUGUUAGCUGGCGAGGAUGGAGGUGGUGGUGAAGCGUUGGAUCGUAUCUACGAGCGAUUGGAAGCACUGGAUGCAUCAACCGCUGAGAAGCGGGCUGCUGAGAUUUUGUAUGGGCUUGGUUUUAAUAAACAAAUGCAAGCAAAGAAAACCCGGGACUUCUCUGGUGGGUGGCGAAUGAGGAUUGCAUUGGCUAGAGCAUUGUUCAUGAAUCCAACUAUCCUUUUGCUUGAUGAACCCACCAAUCAUCUUGACUUGGAAGCAUGUGUCUGGCUAGAAGAGACUCUGAAAAAGUUUGAUCGUAUCCUAGUCGUGGUAUCACACUCUCAGGAUUUUCUUAAUGGCGUCUGUACCAACAUCAUACACAUGCAGAACAAGAAGCUAAAAUUCUACACUGGCAAUUAUGACCAGUAUGUCCAGACUCGGUCUGAGCUGGAAGAAAAUCAAAUGAAGCAGUACAAGUGGGAGCAGGAGCAAAUUGCUUCGAUGAAGGAGUACAUUGCUCGGUUUGGUCAUGGUUCUGCUAAGCUGGCUCGGCAAGCCCAGAGUAAGGAAAAAACUCUUGCCAAGAUGGAGCGUGGUGGACUAACAGAAAAGGUGGUGAAGGACAAAGUACUGGUAUUCCGCUUCACAGAUGUUGGUAAACUUCCCCCACCAGUCCUGCAGUUUGUGGGAGUCACUUUUGGCUACACUCCAGAUACCCUCAUUUAUAAGAACCUUGAUUUUGGUGUGGACCUCGACUCCAGAAUAGCCUUGGUAGGGCCUAAUGGUGCUGGGAAGAGCACAUUACUCAAGCUGAUGACUGGUGAUCUUGCUCCUUUGGAUGGAAUGGUUAGGCGGCACAAUCAUCUCAGGAUUGCCCAGUUCCAUCAGCAUCUGGCCGAGAAGCUUGAUCUAGAGAUGCCGGCGCUCCAGUAUAUGAUGAAGGAGUACCCAGGAAACGAGGAAGAGAAGAUGAGGGCUGCGAUCGGGAAGUUUGGGUUGUCAGGAAAGGCACAGGUGAUGCCGAUGAAUAACUUGUCAGAUGGUCAGAGGAGCAGGGUGAUCUUUGCUUGGCUGGCCUGGAGGCAACCGCAUCUGCUGCUGCUUGAUGAGCCCACGAAUCAUCUGGAUAUCGAGACGAUCGAUUCCCUGGCGGAAGCACUGAACGAGUGGGAUGGGGGUCUGGUUUUGGUGAGCCAUGACUUCAGAUUGAUCAACCAGGUGGCCCAGGAGAUAUGGGUCUGCGAGAAUCAAGCGGCCACAAGGUGGGAGGGUGACAUUAUGGACUUCAAGGAGCAUCUGAGGAGCAAGUCUGAGUUCUCUGAUUGAUAUGUGAAAGGAGAGCAGCUAAAGGUUAGCAUUUUUAUUCCAUGACUACGCUAAUCAUCUUAGUUGAUUUUUACAGUUACGUAUCACUUUGAUCUACCCUUUCGAAUGCUAUUAUUAUAUGGCUCCUAGGCAGAAGAAGCCUCUACUAUGUUGGUAGCACAAGUACUCCACACUAUGGUCGAUUACCUUUUGUUACAAGCACACUAUGUUAUUUGUCGUCUUAUCUGUACUAUCACCUAUGUUGCAUUUGCGAUCUAAACAUGAACGAGAUGAUGAUUAGUAAAGAAUUACUCUGUUUGAAUUC